AUGGGCACAUUUAAUGGAAGAGUCAAGUCGUCAGAGAUUACAGGGUCGGAUAUAGAAGACUCAGCAAAUACACCGACGACUACCGUCAUUACCAACAGCACGGUAUUUGCAUCAGGUGGCGAUGUGAAGCUCUACGAACCCAUUGACGAGUAUGAAGGCAAACACCGGUACGAUCCGAGCGCCCAAUGGACCGAAAAGGAAGAAAAGGUUCUCGUCCGCAAGAUGGAUUGGAGAAUCUGUUCGUGGGUUUGUGUCAUGUUCUUUGCGCUCCAGCUCGACCGUGGCAACAUUAGCCAAGCGCUGGCCGACAACAUGUUAAAGGACCUCGGCCUCACCACCAACCAAUACAACUACGGCAUGACGCUCUUCUACGUCUGCUUCCUCGCGGCCGAGCUGCCCUCGCAGGCAAUCUCGAAGAAGCUCGGCCCAGAUGUCUGGGUUCCCAUCCAAAUGAUAGCUUGGAGCAUAGUGGCCAUGUCGCAGUGCGCCAUCAAGAGCCAAACAGGAUUCUACGUGACCCGUGCUCUUCUAGGCACCUUUGAGGGUGGCUUCAUCCCCGAUGCGAUUCUCUACCUCUCCUAUUUCUACAAUAGCAAAGAGCUGCCCAUCCGCGUCAGCUACUUUUACACGGCAUCGAAUGCAACGCCCGUGCUGGCUGCCUUUAUGGCGUAUGGCCUGCUGCACAUGCGCGGAGUAGCUGGGUGGGAAGGCUGGCGAUGGCUGUUUGCCCUUGAAGGUGGUCUUACUGCCAUCAUUGGCGUCAUUUCGUGGUUCUAUCUGCCACCUAGUCCGACGCAGACGGCAAGUUGGUUCCGUGGCAAGGACGGAUGGUUUAACGAGCGAGAAGAGAUUAUCAUGGUGAACCGUAUUCUGCGUGACGACCCCAGCAAGGGCGGAAUGCACAACAGACAGGGUCUACGACUGCCGCUUCUCUGGCAGGCCCUAACCGACUGGGACCUAUGGCCCAUUUACAUCCUCGGCUUUACGCUGCUUCUGCCCGUCCAGCCCGUCGCCAAUUACCUGACGCUGAAUUUGCGCAGUAUAGGCUUCGACACGUUCCAGACAAACCUACUAACCAUCCCCGGCUACGUGCUGUUUGUGAUCCAGCUGCUGUUCUGGACGCGCGUAUCAGAGCGUAUCAACAAUCGCUUCCUCAUUGUCUUCUACUACUCUGUCUGGGUAUUCCCACUAAUCCUCGCCCUACGCUUCCUACCUGACGGCGCCAGUCCGUGGUCCCGCUAUGCCAUCAUGGUGCUUGUCGUCGGGUACCCCUACGUGCACUCCAUUCUCGUGAGUCUGACAUCUCGCAAUGCUGGCUCUGUUCAGUCACGCACAGUGGGCAGUGCUGUAUACAAUAUGACGGUGCAAGCGAGCAGCAUCUUUGCAUCCAAUGUUUAUCGCCAAGAUGAUGCUCCCAAUUACCGUCGAGGAAACACUGCCCUGUUGCCCAUCAUUGUCUGGAACGCUCUGCUAGCACUCGGCAUCAAGGGCUACUACAUGUGGCGCAAUAAGCAGCGCGAUAGGGUCUGGAACGCCAUGAGCCCCGACGAGAAGAACGUGUACCUCGAGACGACGCAGGACAAGGGCAGCAAGAGAUUGGACUUUCGCUUUGCUCACUGA